AUGGACUAUGAUUGUCGCGGGAAUUUCUCCGAAGUUUGUCAGCAUUCGAUCGAAGUGAAUGGAGCUGAUGGAAUUGCGGGAGAGACGGCGCAAUACCCGAUUGGAUUCUGGAUCGAGAUCACCCUGUACUUUGUGGCGUUUUUCGUGGGCGGUCCCCUCAACGUGAUGUCGAUUUUCAAACUGUUGCGCGCGAGAAGGACGCUAAAACAUCCAUCAGCUCUUUUAUUGUUGCGAUUGCACUUGAACAUCGCGGAUUUGAUCACCCUUUUCAUCUACAUUCCCAAGCAAAUCAUUUGGCUGAUCACGUUUGCGUGGUAUGGCGGUGAUCUCCUUUGCCGUCUCUUCUCGUUCAUCUCGACUUUCUGCUUCUAUUUGCACUCAUUCGUCAUCGCGUGCAUCGCGAUCGAUCGACUUUUUGGCGCAUGGCAUAUAAACUCGGUCUCGGCCUCUCGAAAAGCUUUCACCCGUGUCUCUCAAUUGUUGAUCGCUGCUUGGGUGAUGGCAACGAUUUUGGCGCUCCCCCAAACGCUCAUCUUCAAGCUGUAUGAGUUGGAUGAUCCGAGCGAGGCAGUCUUCGUUCUCCCCACAAUGCUCAUCAUUUUCUCCUACACGACACUAUUGUUUAUUUUGAAAGGGAUCAUCAAGGAAACGGGCACAGUCAAUGGGCACAGUCAGAUGACGUCACUGCUGGUGUUGACACGGAAGCACUACACGUCCGAGGACGAUCACAGCAAAGUCACGGGAACCACUUUCGUCAUGCACGAUGCGCAAUCGAUUCGAAGGAAUUCGAAUACGCCGCCCGGGCAUCUAGAAAGAGCCGUGAGUCCACAGAGUGCGUUGCACACGGAGAGAAGUGAGAGACAGUACGAUCAAUCAUCGAGAAGAGUCUCCUCACCGUUUAUCGUCGCUGAUGAUCACUCGUUGAUGCUUAAUCACAAAUGUGACGGUGGCGAGAUCUCGCAAAACUCGGAGGAUUUCCUGAGGCCGCCGAAAAAGGCGAAGAAACCCCAACGAGUACCCGUUUCGCCAUUCGCCAUCGGAAAGAUUACAAAAGCGAGAAAGGUGAGGUGGCUGAAAAGAGUC